AUGAGUCAUCCAACACCAACACCUUCACAACCAAUCUUUACAAAUAACAUUAAUAACAUUAAUAAUAAUAAUUGUAGUACUACAUCAUUACUAGCACCACCAUCAUCAUCACCACGUACAGGUACAUCGGCACCAUCAUCUUUUAACUCUCAACAACAUAUCAAUCACAAUCUAUCGACGUAUCGACAGAACCUAACCGUCAAGUUUAAUGAAAUCAUCAAUUCGAUUGCAGUAAACAAAGAGGGAACGUGUGUAUGCUUGGGAGGUAAAAAGGCACUACAUAUCGUUGAUUUGGAAUCCCUCAAGAAUGUAAAGGUUCUGCCUCAACAAAGUAAAUGGGAGGUUAGUGUUGUCGAUUGGAACAAUGUUUCUCCAAAUCUUAUUGCUUCUUCUUCCAAUCAAGAUGCAUUUAUAUGGGAUACAGAAAACAAGUAUCCAUUGAUUGGACAAUUCAUUUCACAUAAUCGAGCAAUCAGCGAUCUCUCGUGGAGCAUAUUCGAUCAAAACCUACUUGCGACAACCGCUGCCGAUGGGUUUGUUAAUCUUUGGGAUCUUCGUGUUCCCAAACGAGCCAUGAAGGUCAAGAGUUUCAACUCUCACAUUGUCUCUGCCAUUCAGGUGAAAUGGAACAAAUUUAAUCCAAUCAUCCUUGCAUCUGCUCACGAAUCAAAUCUAAUGAUUUGGGAUUUAAGAAAAGAAACACAAGAAUUAAAUUCAACUGUUCAUAUUGCAAAAGUAUCGGGUAUUGAUUGGUCACCACUUGAUGCUGAUGAGAUUCUAACAAGUAGUCAAGACAAGUCUGUCAAGAUAUGGUCUUACACAUCAUGCAAAGCCAACCCAAAACCAAAACAUAUUUUUGGAACUAGUUAUCCUGUUCUUCGUGCAAAGUAUUUGCCAACUGGAAAAGGAAUAGUAACGAUAUCAGACAGAGGAGAUAAUAAUAUACGAUUGUGGUCAUUUAAUGAUUUUGAACAACCAAUUGCCAAACUUUCAGGACACUCGGAUUGUGUACGUUCAUUUGAUUUUCGCGUUGGAAACAAGUCUGCAGACUCUAACCAUCGUGACUUGCAGAUAGUGUCGUGGUCAAAGGAUCAGCACCUGAGACUAUGGAAAUUAGAUGACGAUAGUAUUCGAUCACAACUGCAACUACCUUUAUUAAAUCUUGGAACUACAACAACUUUUACAAAUAAUAAUAAUAAUAAUAAUAAUCACUUCACCAUUGUAAAUACAAAUAAUAAUCAUACUGCUACACCUCCACUUACACCAAUUUUAACUUCUUCAAAUGAUCCAAACAAUAACAGUAACAGUAACAGUAAUAAUAAUAAUAACAUUGAUCAUCAAAACAAUAUAUCUACAUCAUCAUCAUUGUCAUCUUUGAUAUCGACUAGUAUCACUCCACCAACCACUCCAUCCACUCCCAUUAUUAUCACAAACAACACAUCUACUACCAAUAAUAAUAAUAAUAAUAUAUUAUCACCAACAACAUCAUCAUCUUACAACGCAUCACAAUUUUCAAUUCAUCAUCAUCAACCAACAAAUGAUAAAGAAACCAUGGAGAGUAGUUAUACAGUAUCUGGAAACAAACAAGAGGAUCAUUUGAAUGAUUUCUUUAUGGGACCCAAAGAGUUAGAGUAUGAGCUAAAGGUCAUCCAAAACAAUAAUACUGCCAAUACACCAUCGCUGACUUCGGCGCGAGAUUUCCACGGUGCUGGAAACCACCACCCUCCCAUCAUCUCGACUGGUACCCCCAAAGAAGGAAGAUGGCCUACCCCCAAGGACAUUAUCGUUGACGAUAUUUAUACCCCUGGUUAUGUUACUACACCCACAUCAACCAACAAACCAACGCAACCACCACUUCCCUUGACACCAAAUAAUAAUAAUAAUAAUGACGAUACAAAUAGUAGUACAGGAUCAAUUACUACUCAGAUACACAAUCUUCCACCCAUCAGCGACGAGACUGUUAAUAAUAGCAACACUCUUACCGAUUCAGAUGAUAAUGAUGACAGUCUUGCUUUGCAGCAGGGAAAAACGAUGGACAAGUAUGGAACGAUUGUGGGUAACCAAAAAUCCAUCCCCAUCAAGGCAUCAAACACAUCUCCUCCUAUUAUACCCCAACAAAAGGUUGGAUCACCCGGGUUCAGCAAGUCGAUCGAGCGAUAUUUGAAUUCCCCUCUUUCAUCCAACCACGAAUAUUUAUUAAAGAAGCAACCAAGCAUCAACAAGGAUUUAUCACCAACAUCACUAGCGAUGAAUUCAUCGUCCACAGCAGUAGCUGGAGGUGCUUGGGUAGCUGCCCCCUCUCUCAACUCCACAUCAGAGGUUUCCCUGUCAAGUCAUCGAAACUCUAUCUCUCUAAAGUCGGCACCCAUCAUCACCACCUCCACCACCACCACCACAUCCUCUACAACGGCCACCAUUUCGGCCAACCCUCUUCCAAUCCUAGAUAAUUAUCCGUGUCCACGUUUAUGUGGUGCUGUGUUUAGCAAUGACAAGUUGGUGGUAUUUUCAAAUCGAAUCCUCAAUAUCAGCAAUCAAAAAUUCACAACUCCAUCAUCAAACAUGGUUGAAACCAAACCAUUAUUGGAAAAUGAUUAUCCAAUUGCACCAUCACUCACCUCUUCAAACGCGGCCAUUCCAACUUUUCAUAAUUAUCAUAAUCAUCAUCAACAUCAACAACAACAACAAAAUUCAUCUUCUAAAUUUACAACACCAAGAACUUAUAAAGAAUUAUUACAAUUGGCACCUGAUAAUACUCAAGAUCAUUUAAUUCAACAACAUCAACAACAAAAUGCAUCAAGUAAUAGAUUAAGUAGUUCACCAUCUAGAUUUGAUAGUCCAAUGAUAUUAUCUGCUAUUGAUCAUAACAAGACAUCUUUAUCAAGUUAUGGUUCAUCACCACGUAGUUCACCAGCUUCACUUUCUCCAAUGAUACUUGGAAGUGGAUCAAAUACUGGUAGUCAUAAUAGACCUUUUACAACAUCUCUUUCAAUAUCUCAUCAACUUCGAGUUAUUCCCAUUUCAUCCCUUUCUCCAAUUAAUUUUACUUUGGCAAAUAAUUAUACAUUGAUUGGAGAAGUUGAAGAUAUUUGUAAAAAUAAUUUAAAGGUUGCAACAUCUGUAAAUAGAAAAGAUUUAAUGAGGUUAUGGUCAACACUUGCAGAGAUUACAGAUAGUAAUUUAUUUAAUCUCAAUGAUCAUCGUUUCAAAUACAACAAACAACUUAAGCGAUUAUCACGAGUAAACACUAAUGAAUUUAUUGAUGAUAAUUGGCCUGUUCAUCCUCUUGGUAGAUCUUUAAUUCAAUCUUUUAUGGAAUAUUAUAACAAAAUUGGUGAUGUUCAAACAAUGGCAAUGAUAACAUGUGUAUUAAUAAUAUCAGCUCAACAAUUAACCAAAUCGAUUAUUAAUAAUAGUUUGGGUGGUGGUACAUAUUCUUCAUCAUCUUCUUCAUCUUCCAAUCAAUGGUCAUCGGGUGGUGGUGGCGGCGACGAAUUUAGUCUCAGUGGAAAUACAGGCAACGCAGGUGUUUUGACAACAUCCCUUUCACAUCCCAAUUUAACAAGCCUGGCUUUUACUGGCGGCAACAAUCCCUCUACAAUGUCUCCUGGCAUCACCUCGUCAAUGACGCCAUUGUUCAACUCUUCGACACCGUCACCCAAUCUGAGCGUGUCAAAUCUGUCGCUCAACACCUCGACAGCCGGCAGAUCACCCCAUUUGGGCAUGAGUGCAUCAUUCAACACUUCCAAUUUAGGUGCUUCCUUUUCUUUUGAUUCCCCAAACAAUAAUAACAACAACAUCAACCAACCUUCCACAUCUUCUUCAUCUUCAUCUGCUUCAAAUCUUAAUUUGAUUACAGGUGGUAACACGUUGGUAAACUCGACAGCAUCGACUUUAUUACUUGGCCAACAACAACAACAGCAACAGCAGCAACAACAACUCCAACAACAGUAUCAACAACAAAUCAUACACCAACAAUUGUUGAUGGUACAACAACAACAACAGCAACAACAAGAACAAGAGUUGUAUCAAUUGGGAUCGUCAAAGUUUUGCGACCCGUCAUUGUGUCUUCUCGACCCUCAGUUGCAGCAGUUUUACAACCACUAUCUCAACUCUUAUGGAGAGUUGUUGUUCCGAUGGGGUCUGUUGGAGAAGCGUAUUCAGGUGCUCAAGUUCCUCAACGAGCACGAUUCCGCACCAUCCACCAAAAAGGUGCAAUUCCAAACGGUCUGCUUCAAAUGCCAACGAACACUCAAUAACAAUUGUGUGUGUCCCAACUGCAAGGUCUAUGCUGUCAAGUGUUCGGUAUGCCAUAUUUCAGUACGUGGUCUCUCAAGUUUCUGCAUUUCGUGUGGUCAUGGAGGACACACCGAUCAUCUCAAGCAAUGGUUUGGCAAACGUUCCGAUUGUCCAACUGGAUGUAAAUGUAAAUGUGUAUUGAGUUUUAGUCCACAACAACCAAAACUACCUCGACAAACAACCCCAUUGACAACAGGAAAUACUUUUGCUGGAACUGGGAACAACAACCAAUCAAGUUUAAAUUACCAAUUCCUUCAAAGUAAAACCAUCAACCAUCAUCAUCAUCUUGUACAUUCAAACAAUCGAUCAGAGUUGAUCCCUGAUUUUUCACCAUCUCUGUCAUCCACCAACAAUCCCCCGACUUCUUCAUCCUCUUCCUCCUCCUCUUCAAUUCCACAAAAAUACAUCAUGAUUGAACCUAAUAAUACUACUACUACUAAUAAUAAUACAACAACAACGGUUGUUGAACCAAAUAAUAAUAAUAAUAAUAAUGAUAAUACAACAGUUCAAAUAGAAGAAUUUGAAGUUGAAGAUAAUGUAACAAAAGAUGGAAAACGACAACAUCAACAACCUCUAGGUUUUAUAGAAAGAAUAAAAAAAUGGUUAUUCGAUUAUAUAUCAAAGAUGAAAGGAGGAGAGAAGAGUGGACCUCGUGUAUCAUUGGAAGAGAUAUUUUGGUCAUGGUUGGGAGCAUUCAUUGGCAUUGGUGUAGUGUCGGCACUACAUUAUAGGGUACUCGAACCUAAUGACAUGAUCUUCCUCGUUGGAUCUUUUGCAGCUUCGGCAGUACUAAUCUAUGGUGCGCCAAAAGGUCCACUUUCACAACCACGUAACCUUGUUGGCGGACAUUUCGUCAGUUCAAUCGUUGGUGUCAUCAUUCGAAUUAUAUUUGUCGAGCAGGCUGGUGGACCAGCUGGUUAUAUUUUUGGAUGUGCCUUGUCGGUAUCAUUGGCAAUCGUUGCCAUGCACCUCACCAAAACAUUACAUCCACCUGGUGGUGCAACUGCAAUGAUUGCAAUUACAACAACAAAACAACAAUGGUAUGGAUUUUACUAUUGUUUUGUUCCAGUUGCUAGUGGUAGUAUAAUAAUGCUUAUUGUUGCAUUAUUAAUUAAUAAUUUGGCUCCAAAAAGAAAAUAUCCAGUCAAUUGGUAUUAA